AUGGGAUCUUCACUUAGUCCUGAGAGUGACAAGACACCAAAUAUGCAAUCAGUCUUCUCACUGGCACUGGAUACUUUUCAGGAAAAAAUCCCAAAUAAAGAAGCCAUUGCUGCAAAGUUGGAGGUAAUGCAUCAGCAAAGUUUAUCAGGUCCUGUUGUGGCACCACGUCAUGUUGGAUUUGUUGUGCUACCGCAGACUGGUGAUAUUGGAUUUGUUGUGGCACCGUGGACUGGUAAUUCUGGAUCUGUUCAGCCAUCUCGGCAACUGCUCUAUUUGAGAAUUCAUCUGCCAUUGCAACAAUGGAAGAAAGCAAGCCCAUGCACUUUCUCACAGCUCCUCUCCAAAAUUCUUGCUCCUUGA